AUGGAUAACGAUAAGUGUGUCAACGAAAACAAAUCUCAAGAGAAACCAUUGGAUCUUGAUGAUGUCUUAAUAAACGAGUUAGGCCAGUUUGGAUGGUUUCAGCUCAGAAACUUACUCCUUCUAGCUAUACCGCUGAUGAUGUCGGCAUUCAUUAAUGAAUAUGUCUUCUCAGCUAUGGCCGUAAAACACAGAUGUCGUAUACCAGAAUGUGGGGAUACUAAUGAAACACAUCAGAUCAAUCCUAUUUGGCUCAAUAAUACGGUGCCUCCUUCAUUAACAGGGCUGUCUAGUUGUGAAAGAUAUGCUCCUAAAAGUAUCGAAAUUCCUGGAGACUUCGGAGAAAAAGACACAUGUCUUCCAACACUAUUUGAUAACAAUCAUAUUAUUCCUUGUGACGCGGGCUAUGUGUAUGAAUCAACAAAUUCUGUCGUAUAUGAAUUCGAUCUUGGAUGCCAAGACUGGUUAAGAGCUUUGGCGGGAACAUUAAACAGCAUUGGCACAUUAUUAGUGUUGCCAAUCACUGGCUACAUAUCAGAUCGUUUUGGACGUAGAUUGGUGCUUAUACUGAAUAUUUUUAAUUUAGGCUUAUUUGGUCUAUUAAGAGCAUUCUCUGUCAAUUAUACCAUGUAUCUGAUAUUGCAAAUAGUUCAGACUACUCUAGGAUCUGGUACUGUGAGCGCGGGAUACAUACUCGCUGCUGAACUUAUUGGACCAAAGUAUCGUGUUGUGGGAAUAGCCACGUUAUCUUCCAUGUUUGCAACAGGACAGAUCGUAAUGGCAAGCGUCGCCUGGUUGACACCAUCAUGGCGAGCUAUGCUCAUCGCCCUUCAUAUUCCAUGUUUUUUUAUUGUAACAUACUUCUGGCUACUAUCUGAAAGCGUUCGAUGGCUGCUUUCAAAAAGACAAUUUGAAAAAGCUAAAAAAAUUCUAGAAACUGUAGCUAGAAUUAAUAAAACACAAAUUAGCAAUAAAUCUAUGGAAGCACUUAUGAAUCCUCCUACAAAAAUAGUGACUACAUCUUCAAAAAAAGGACUCAUCACUUCAAUAUUACAUUCAAAAAUUUUACUCAGAAGAAUAUGUACUACUCCUAUUUGGUGGAUAACCGCCUGUUUUGUUUAUUACGGACUGUCGAUAAAUUCUACGAGCCUCUCAGAAUCCAAAUAUUCAAACUACAUAUUGACAUGCGCUAUAGAAAUACCAGGCUUCUUUACAGCAACUGUUGUUUUAAACAGAAUCGGAAGAAGAGCUACACUGUCGACAUGUUUUUUCUUCGGCGCUGUUUGUAACCUAGCAUUUAUUUUGAUAUCGCCUAAUCUUUAUGUUCUUCGCCUGAUAUUCUAUUUGCUCGGGAAGUUUAGUAUAUCAACAUCCAUGACAGCACUGUAUCUAUACACAUCAGAACUCUAUCCAACUGAAUAUCGUCAUAGUUUGCUUGCAUUUUCAUCAAUGAUUGGUCGCAUCGGAUCAAUCACCGCUCCACUCACACCUGUACUUAUGAAUUACUGGCACGGAAUACCAUCCCUAAUGUUCAGCAUCAUGGGUAUCCUGUCAGGAAUAUUGGUGUUGACACAACCAGAAACACUUGGCACAAAGUUACCAGAUACCCUGGAGGAAGCUGAAUCUCUUGGCAAUAAUCAAAAUAUUACUUAA